ACAAUUCAGCCAAACCAGUUCACACUUCUUGGAACUGCCUUGUUCAGAAGGAGAAAGAGGAGUAGUAAUUUCUCCGUGAGGUGUUGCGGAAGCCAAACAGCCACGACCCAUGAAGCUAAACAGACUUCUCAAAGGGUCGCGCCUAAAAACCAUGGAAGCAACAAGCUUGACGAGAUUCUGAGAGAUUACGAAGCUGUAAUCGGCAUAGAGACUCAUGUGCAGCUCUCGACAUUCACAAAGGCAUUUUGCAAUUGCCCUAACAAUUACGGGUCUCAUCCGAACACAAGUAUCUGUCCCGUUUGUAUGGGUUUGCCUGGUGCCUUGCCUGUUUUGAAUUCGAAAGUCGUCGAAUUUGGUGCUAGAUUGGGUUUAGCUUUGAACUGCGAUCUGUCUCUCAAGUCCAAGUUCGAUAGGAAGCAGUAUUUUUAUCCAGAUCUUCCUAAAGGUUAUCAGAUUUCUCAGUUUGAUAUACCAAUUGCGUCUGGUGGUUAUGUGGAUGUGGAUAUCCCGCUUGAGUUUGGUGGUGGACACAGGAGAUUUGGUAUCACUAGGGUUCAUAUGGAAGAAGAUGCUGGCAAGCUACUCCACUCAGACACUGGAGAUUACUCUCAGGUAGAUCUAAACAGAGCAGGGGUUCCUUUGCUUGAGAUCGUCUCUGAACCUGAUAUGAGAAGUGGGAUCGAAGCCGCUGAGUACGCUUCUGAAAUGCAACGGAUUGUGAGGUAUUUGGGAGUGAGUAAUGGGAAUAUGCAAGAAGGAUCUCUUCGUUGCGAUGUCAAUAUCUCAAUCCGUCCUAUUGGGCAAGCUGAGUUUGGCACCAAGGUGGAAAUCAAGAAUUUGAAUGCAUUUUCAGCAAUGAGCAGGGCGAUAGACUAUGAGAUAACAAGACAGGCGCUUCUCUACAAUCAGGGCCAAGCAGACCAGAUUGUGACCGAGACUCGGCUUUGGGAAGAAGGAGCUCAGAAAUCAGUAACAAUGAGGAAGAAAGAAGGUCUUGCUGAUUACCGCUACUUUCCAGAACCAGAUCUUCCCGAAGUGAUCCUCACACAAGAAUACGUUGAUAGCAUCCGCGCUUCUUUACCGGAACUUCCUGAAGCUAAGCGUAGGAGAUACGAGGCUAUGGGUCUAGGCAUGCAAGAUGUGCUUUUCCUCGCGAAUGACGUCAGUGUUGCAGAAUUUUUCGAUGCGGUUAUUGCUAAGGGUGCUGAAGUGAAGUUGGCGGCGAAUUGGAUCAUGAGCGAUAUUGCUGCUUACUUGAAAAAUGAGGAACUUUCUAUUAAUGAUGUUAAACUUACUCCGCAAGAGUUGGCUGAGCUGAUAGCUGCCAUCAAAGCUGGAACCAUUAGCGGAAAGAUUGGGAAACAGAUACUAUUUGAGCUAUUGGCCAAAGGCGGAACCGUCCAAGGACUGAUUAAAGCAAAAGACUUGGUUCAGGCAAUAAAUGGUGAAGUUUUU